UGAAAUAUCCAAAGUCCGAAUGUACAGCUUCAUCUACGAGUCGCUCUUUUCUCGCUUGACAUGUCCAGUGCAAUUGAUCUAUAGCGACACGGACAGCAUAAUUUUUUCUCUCACGUGUGAAAGCCUGGAAGAGCAGCUGAUGAAGAUUGAGAGUGAGUUAGAUCUAUCUUCCUAUCCGCCGGACCACCCACUUUUCAACGACGAGCACGCGAACCAGAUGGGGUUCUUCAAAGACGAGACGGGGGGUGGAGUUAUUCAGGAAGUCGUAGCCAUCCGAGCGAAAAUGUACAGCAUUCUCUUGGCUGGGUCACACAAACAGAUCGCGAGAGCGAAAGGAGUUAAGAAGGGCGUGGUGAGGAAACAUUUAUUGCACGAAGUGUACCGAGAUUCUCUGUUCAAUGAAAAGGCGGUCUCUCAGAAGCAGUGCACCAUCCAGAGUAUAAAGCAAACGAUGUACACCAUUUCGAGACUCAAGAAGAGCUUGGUCCCCUACGACGACAAGCGCUAUCUCGUGGAUGCCGUACACUCCUUCCCUUAUGGGAGCUGCGAAUACGCAACGGAAAACCCGGAAGAGAGCCCGAGAGCGUCGUCGUCAGGCAUCGAGUAACCGCGGAACAAAGAGCUGCACGCGCAUGUAAUCGAGAAUAAAAGUUCUAGUCGAGACAUGCUUCUCUCUCUCUCUCUCUCUCGCAGACAGGAGAAG